CGCCGAGGCCGCCAUGGCGCUGAGCGGGGCCCUGGCGCUCCGUGUCGCCUACGCGUCCUUCGGUGCCCUGAGCGGCCUCUCGGCCUUCUGCGCCUGGAGCGUGGUGCCCGCGCUGCGCCAGCCCGGCACGGCUGCGGCCGGGGGGCUCUCGGGUGUGCUGGCGCUCUGGGCCCUAAUCACGCAUGUGAUGUACCUGCAGGAUUACUGGAGGACCUGGUUAAAAGGGCUGAGGUUCUUCCUCUCCGUCGGGAUCCUCUUCUCCGCCCUCUCCGGGCUGGGCUUCUGCGCCUUCCUGGCCCUGGCCAUCACCCAACACCAGUCCCUGACUGACCCCAAGAGUUAUUACCUGUCGUGUGUGUGGAGCUUCAUGGCGCUGAAGUGGGCGCUGCUGCUGAGCCUCUACUCGCACCGGUACCGCGCCGAGUUCGCCGACAUCAGCAUCCUCAGCGACUUCUGAGCUUCCUGGGAAAGGUGUGGGGCAGGGAGGAGAGGCCUGGGCACGGAGCAGGAGCUGCCUGGCUGUCUGUCUGUCCGCAGAGGGGGUUUUUCCUGCUGGAUUUUCCUCGCUCGUCGCUCUGGGGAGAAGGGAGGGGGUGGCGGUCGCCGUUUUUGUCGCUGCGCUGCUCCCCGUGUCACCUCUCUGCUCCUUUGUCCCCUGGGAUGAGCCUCCCAGGAGCUCCCAGCCAGGUCCUUGGGGUUUAUCUGGGGGCAGAGGAGCACAGCUCAUCCCAAAGCUCCUGGGGUUGGGAAUGCUGCUCCCCGGGCUCGUUUUUAAAAGGAUUGGGAUCCCGUGUUUAACCAUAAAUGCCGUAUUUAACGCUUUGAAGUUGCAGCAGCGGGUGUGUGGGGAAAAGGCGUGUGGGGGAAAGGGGUGCAGGGCCAAGGCCUGACCUGCCUGAACCUCAGGGAGAGGAAAAAAUUGGGGAAAAAAAUAUUUUUGUGGAAGCAGGAGGAGAGGAGAAGGGAUGGGGGCUGCUCAGGUGACCCCACGGAUUGAGGAGCACCUUUGGGGUGAGGCUGUGACCUGCUGGAGUCCCUAAACCUGGAAUUCCCACCGCACAUCCCAGCUUUUUUAAAGGAUCCUGUGUGUAAAUAUUCCCUCUGUUUUUACAUGGAUUCCCCCUGGUUUGCACCUGGGGGGUGCCGGGGUGGGUGCCACCCUCGCUGUCACCCUGUGCCACCACAAAUACAGCCCUCCCUCACCA